AUGUUGUUGUCGCAAGAAGAACUCGAGAAGGCCCCUUACCUGCACCAGGACAUUGCCGACUUCCUCGCCAAUGCUCCAGCCCCGGAACACCCACCUGAUCCGGAUCAAGAACUCCAUCUGACAGUCCGCCAGACGCUGAAUGCGCAAUCCGCCGCCAUCAUCAAGAAGCUCGGCGAUCCUCCAGAAGGGACAGCGGAGUUCUACCAAGAAAUCCCGGUCCGUGAUGGGUUCAGCAGCUCCUUGAAGAUUCACAAGCCUAGCAACGGCGGGGGACCGUUGGUCGUCCUGGCCUUUGGCGGUGGCUUCUUGGGUGGAGACAACGACCAGCUUUCGGAGGUCGCUCGAGGACUGGUAAAGCUGUACGGUGCCACCGUCGUGAACAUCAGCUACCGCGUUGGUCCGGAAAACAAGUUCCCAUACGCGGUGUGGGAUGCCUGGGACAGCUUGAUCUGGAUCACCGACAAUGCCUCUGGCGAGGAGCUCGCAGCGGAUCCUUCGAAAGGCUUCAUCAUGGGCGGAGUCUCUGCCGGUGGUGCUCUGACGGCUGUGCUGUCUCGUAAGUUCCAGGGAGCACCAUUGAAACAUGGAUUGACCGGCCAAUGGCUCUGCAUCCCUGCUAUCAUGGAGAGCAACCAGGCGCCUGAGAAGUAUCGGUCGUACCACAUCUCCAGGGAGCAGAACUCCAAUAAUCCGACGCUGCCUACGGCCUCGAUCAAGGUGAUGUUUGAGCUCAGCAAGAUUGACAUCGACUCGGACCUUGCCUUCGCAAUCAACUCGAAAACCCCAAUGUCGGAGCAGCCCAAGUCGUAUUUCCAAGUUGCUGGCAUGGAUCCGAUACGAGAUGACGGCCUGAUCUAUGAGGAGAUGUUGAAGGAUGCUGGUGUGGCAACGAAGCUGGACUUCUAUCCGGGCUGCGUUCAUGGCCAUCAAAUGUUGGUUGAGUCGAUUGAUCUUGGUAAGAAGGCGAAUAUCGACACAAUGGUUGGCUUUGGCUGGCUGCUCGGUAAGGAGGUCAGCCGCGAGGAGGCGGCGAACGCGUAUGGUGUCAACGUGGUCUAG